AGUAUCGUAAGAAUAUAAAAAAGAAGUAAAGAGGUAGACAUGUCGGAUUGGGAUACAGUUACUGUUAUAAGGAAGAAAGCUCCCAAGGCUUCUGUUCUUAAAUCGGAGUCGGCAAUUAAUCAAGCCCGUCGUCAGGGUCAAGCUGUGGAAACUACACAGAAAUUCGGUGCUGGCACCAACAAACAGCAUGUAACAACAAAGAAUACUGCCAAAUUGGAUCGUGAAACUGAAGAGCUGAAACAUGAUAAAAUUCCAUUGGAAGUUGGGAAAAUUAUAAUGCAAGGACGUCAAGCUAAAGGCCUAAGUCAAAAGGAUCUCGCUACUAAAAUCUGUGAAAAACAACAAAUUGUUACAGAUUAUGAGGCUGGUCGUGGCAUCCCCAAUAAUCUGAUUCUUGGCAAAAUCGAACGUGUGAUUGGUAUCAAAUUGCGUGGCAAGGAUCGCGGCCAACCUUUGGCGCCUCCCGGUAAGAAGUGAGAAAAUGCUACCACCGCUGCGUGUACAACUGGCAGCGGCGGUGGUAAUAGUGGUGGGAAUGGCGUCGUUGCAGUUGCCAAAACUAAAAAUAAAUCGAAUGAUACCACUAAAUCACAACAAUUGGUGGCGGCAACUGGUACUGCGACAAACAACAAUUCAUUUUCUCACAAUGCUAAUACUACUUCUGCUAACAGCGGCAGCAAAAAGCGCAAAUAAUUUAUCGGGAGGCCGUGGCUUCUUCAAACUUAAAACACAAAUACAACAACAAUUAGAUGAUGGACUGUGAAUGCAAAGUUUUGAAUUCAAUAACUAAUCUAAUAAAACGCCAUGUUAAUGGUUGCUAUUAUUGA